CUGUCUCGCGCAAUCAUGGACAACAACCCGAGCGUUUGUGACACCAUGCUGGACGUGCCCAAAAGCGUCGCACCGCAAGCUCAGAAGUUCACAGCUGUUUUCAUAAAGCUUUUCGAGCACCAGUGGAAGACGUAUGAAGGUCAAAAGAAGGUUAGCACAUCACAUCAGUACAUUUUAUACGAGUUCUACGCAAAUUCCAACACACAUAGCAAAAUGAGCGCCCGAAAAUUCUGCGUGGGAGGCAACUGGAAGAUGAACGGCGACCAGAAGUCCAUCGCCGAGAUAAGCAAGACUCUAAGCGGCGCCGCUCUGGACCCCAACACUGAGGUGGUCAUCGGCUGCCCGGCCAUCUACCUGAUGUACGCCCGCAAUCUGCUGCCCUGCACUGUUGGCGUUGCCGGUCAAAAUGCCUACAAGGUGGCCAAGGGCGCCUUCACGGGCGAGAUCUCUCCCGCCAUGCUCAAGGAUAUCGGGGCCGACUGGGUCAUCUUGGGUCACUCUGAGCGUCGCGCCAUAUUUAAUGAGUCCGACGAGCUCAUUGCCGAGAAGGCAGAGCACGCUCUGGCCGAGGGCCUCAAGGUAAUCGCUUGCAUCGGUGAGACCUUGGAUGAGCGCGAGGCAGGCAAGACAAACGAAGUUGUCGCCCGUCAAAUGUGCGCCUAUGCCAAGAAGGUGCGUGACUGGACCAACGUGGUUGUCGCCUACGAGCCCGUGUGGGCCAUCGGCACCGGCAAGACUGCCACCCCCGAACAGGCGCAAGAGGUGCACGCAUUCCUACGCCAGUGGCUGACCGACAAUAUAUCCAAGGAGGUUUCCGCCGCGCUGCGUAUCCAGUAUGGUGGCUCUGUGACUGCCGCCAACGCCAAGGAUCUGGCGAAGAAGCCCGACAUUGACGGCUUCCUAGUGGGCGGUGCCUCCCUGAAGCCCGAAUUCGUCGACAUUAUCAACGCUAGACAGUAAGACGCAUCCCACCGAUCAAACGCAGCAAUGAAACUGCACGAAGGGAGCGGAGCGGGGGAACCACAUCCUCCAACCCGCAUUAUGCAUUACGCACACCUUGUUGUCAAUAACUGAAGUCAAAAAUUCUCAGUUCACUUGCGGGUAGAAACCUAUAUA